CUUAUAGCCUGUGAGGGAGGAAGAAAGGAACAUUUGCCAACCAGGCCAGUGACAGAAAUGGAUUCGAAAUAUCAGAGUGUGAAGCUGAAUGAUGGCCACUUCAUGCCAGUCCUGGGAUUUGGCACCUAUGCGCCUGAAGAGGUUCCUAAAGAUAAAGCUCUAGAGGCCACCAAAUGGGCAAUAGAAGCUGGGUUCCGCCAUGUUGAUUGUGCAUAUGCUUACAAUAAUGAGGAGUACGUUGGACUGGCCAUCCGAAGCAAGAUUGCAGAUGGCACUGUAAAGAGAGAAGACAUAUUCUAUACUUCAAAGCUUUUUAGCAAUUCCCAUCGACCAGAUCUUGUCCGACCAGCCUUGGAAAGGUCACUGAAAAAUCUUCAACUGGACUAUGUUGACCUCUAUCUCAUUCAUUUUCCAGUGUCUCUAAAGGUAGGCAGCUUGUGUGAUCAAAUUUAUUUCACUUUUGUUGUCAUCAUAAAUGUUGUUUUCAUGGAUAUUUGAACUAAGCAUUUUCUUAGGAAGACAUAGGGAUUAUAACUUGGAAGAAGACUCCUAAACGUAACUCCUAAUUCCCUUUCUAUUGAAUACAUUUUGAAUCCGUACUUCCAUGAUGUGUGUCUACAAGAAAAGAGAGUGCAGAAUGCUCAAAGCCUCUGCCUCAAAAACUUGAGGAAAUGACAAUCAUCUCCUUGAAGGCACAAGGUCUUAGUUAUGACUCCUGAGUUCACCUCUUGCGAUGUUCGCAGAUACAGAGUUUCGUGAAGUUGUGGUGUCCAGAAAAGCUGCUGCACGUAGGGUGCACAAUGAGUUUCCAUCUUCUUGCCUCUUUUCAAGGGGUGAGAUCUCAGUCCAGGAGUCUCUUAAACUACAAACCUUCAUGGGAAACUUUGUUGCUUCUGCAUCCUCUCUUUUCACAUUGGAGUUUUUAUUCUUGCUUAGCCAUGAAUUCUUGUGUCAUUUAAAAUUUUUGUUUUAAGGUUAUGGAAAUCUCCUUAGGCUAGUUAAUGCAAGGGUGAGUUAGAUAUGAAAGUCAAAGCCAUGGCUACAAUAAGAAUUUGAGAAAAUCUCUAAAAAUAAAUCCUUUCUCCAUCCUUAUCUCUUCUUUAUUACAAAAGGAUUUUAAGUAUUUGUUCCAACCUUUUUCAUUGUUGGCAUUUGUGGCUUUGGAGCAAUUUCAGGCUCAUGGUCAUUACUGUGAGCUCUUGUGCAUCUCCCAACUUCCAAACUAUCCUUGAAAACACCUCCAUGGACCAUGAUUGGUUCAUGGUCCUGUCCAUGGAACAUCAUACGUUCAAGGAGAUAAGGAACUCUGAUAGUGGCAUCUGGGUCAAAAAUACAAUCCAUUAUUCCUGGAUAUCAAGGUCUUUUGCAGUUGAUGAGAGGUAUUGCCACAGAGAAAAUUAUAGGAGCAGAAGAAAGUAAUGUAAGUCAAUGAUGACACUCCAUUAGGAUCCAGAAAGUUGGUAUUUAUAUAUACAUAUAAUAGUUAUAAGAGAUUGGAGGAAGAUUGUCUCCUGAAGACAUUCCUUAUAUAUCAUAUGCAGUACAGUUUGUACAUAUCACUCUUUGGAGCAUUGCAUCACCUACCUCAGGGAGGAUUAGUGUCCUUAAAUGUACCUCAGAGCAUGGCUAUGUGUGGGGAAAUUUAUGUGGGGAAAUUGAUUUGUGACAUCACUAAAUUGACUGCUUCUA